AAGCAAUUGUAGCAGAAUAGCCUGCACUUUGUUUACGUCUGACCAGCUGCUGGACUGACAGCUCCCGGAGAGCUUUAAACGCGUGUCUGAGCGCCUGCCGUGGUUCCCUGCAUCUUGGUGAACUUUCGGAGGGAAACACUGGGGAUGGAGCGUUUUGUUGAAUGAGGGGGACUCGCUAGAUGCCGACAGGAGGAUGAACUCCAUCACCGGUCGGGCUCUUGCCUCUGUCACCAACUCUGGAGCUUCAUCCUCUCGAGCCCUGCAUGUGGAGCUCACCUCCCAGCAGAGACGGUUGCGUCACCUCCGGAGCAUUGCUGCCAGGAACAUAGUGAACAAGAAUGGCUCUCCACUGCUGGACACUUAUUUCACCCUCCACCUCUGUGUAGGAGAUCGCAUUUCUAGAGACUUUUACAAGAGUGAAGUCAUUCGAGACUCACUGAACCCGACCUGGCGGAGCCUGGACUUUGGUAUGCUUCCAGACCUCCUGGAUACGUCGGUGUCUUGCUUUGUGGUGAGGAUAUGGGGCGGACAGGAAGAACAGUACCAGCUCCUCAUUGAAUGGAAGGUCAACCUGGAUGGCCUCAGAUACACGGGACAGCAGAUUCGAUCCAGAUACCCAAAUGAGAUCAUAUUUGGACUGAAUGAUGGCUACUAUGCAGCUGACUUUGAUCACAAGGAUCCAUCAGAGCGGAAGAAUUACAGCCUGCUUCAGGUGGACCAAUGCUCAGUCAGGAACUCCUACAGCGUUUUCUCUCUGCUCAGGCUUCACACAGCGCAGAGAGUCAUCAAACAGACCCAGAUGACGGUCCAGAAGAGCGGGAAGGAGAUCGAGGAAAAACUGAGAACCACAGCGGCUUGCACUGAGCGGAAGAAGGAGCGGGAGUGCAUGCAGCUGCGCAUCGCCGUGCUCCGCAGUGAGCUGCAGCGGCAGAAGAAGGCGCUUGGCCGGGAGACGGACAUUCGACAGAAGGAGAGGGCGCGGCUUCAGAAGAAAGAGGAAGUUUUUUCUACUCAGCACGAAAGUCUGAAGGAGGAGAAAGAGUCCUUAACAAAGUUGCAGAAGGAAUGCACAGCCAAGAGAGAACACUUCCUGAAAACCAACGCCCAGCUCACCUUCCGCUGUCGCCAGCUCCUCUCUGAGCUCUCCUACAUCUACCCCAUCGAAGUGGUCAAUCAGUCGGAUUAUGUCAUCUGUGGAGUGAAGCUGCCAAACUCAGACGACUUUCAAGCGAAAGAUGAUGGGAGCGUGGCGGUCGCCCUGGGUUACACAGCACACCUGGUCCUGAUGAUCUCCUGCUUCCUUCAGCUCCCUCUUCGGUACCCGGUGAUACACAAGGGUUCCCGCUCCUCCAUCAAGGACACCAUCACAGACAGACUCACUGAGAAGGAGAGAGAAUUCCCUUUGUACCUCAGAGGAGAGCGCUUUCAUUUUGAAUAUGGCGUCUACUUACUGAACAAGAACAUCGCCCAGCUGAGAUAUCAGCACGGCUUGACCACCCCAGACCUGCAGCAGACGCUACCCAACUUAAAGAACUUCCUGGAACAUGGUCUGAUGGUGCGAUGCGAUCGACAUCACAUCUCCAGCUCGAUUCCAGUGCCCUGCAGGUCCCAGUUGGGCGUGUCCGCUGCCUCCGAACCGGGUUACUCUCACCACAACAGUUCCCCCGACCGCGGCCCGAGGAAGAGGGCGAGCUCGGAGGCCGAGGCACAGCUCAAGUACAAGCCAACGCCUUCUCCAAACAACAAUGUGGCCGCAGGGAAGGAGCAGCCUCCUGCUAACCUGACGCCGCCCUCGCCGGCAUCCAAACAUGCGUCCUCAUCUCUUGAUGCCAGCAUGGCCUCACUUCACCUCACCACCACUGCAGCGACCAACAAGGAGGACGGGGAGCAGGGAGGGCAGCCAGAUGGAGAGGAGAAAAAUAAAGACGCUGGCAUGAAGAGCAAAGAAGUCAAACAAAAAGAAUCUGAGGAGCGGCCGAGCAGCUGUGCAGGGGCAUCCGCUCCCUCUGUAUCACAGGAAGCUGGACAGGAAGCCGUUUCAAGUAACCAUACAGGUGCAAUGAACGGCUCCCUGGCAUCAGGACAGGCAUCUGUAGGCCUGGUCCCAGAGCUGCACUGCUCUGUGGAGCAAGCUGAGGAGAUCAUGGGCACAGAGGCCACAGGUUUAGGUCUGGGCCUGGGGGUGGGGUUAGGCUUAACAGAUGAGGCCCAGCUGGAAGGUUACCGCUGCAUUCCUGUGGACCACGCAGUAGCUGUGGAGUGUGACGAACAGGUGCUGGGUGAGCUGGACGUGGCCGGCUUCGAGGAGUUCAAUAGGCGCAUCUAUGCACUAAACGAGAACAUGUCCAGCUUCCGCCGGCCUCGCAAGAACUCUGACAAAUGAGACAGGGGGCAGGAGGCUAGAGGGAGCCAUGGGGGAAACUUGCACAUUGUCUAAGCAGAUACAAGGCAGGGAGAUGACCUAAAAAGGACAGAGAGGCAGGUUGAAUCUUUGGGGCUUUUGUGAAUGAACCGAUUUGCACUUAUUAGUGACUUCUCCACAUGAAUCUUUUCAGUUAGUCGAGUCAAACUAAAGUCCUGGGACAGGAAGCUUUUUCUUUUUCUAUUCCAGCUGAUAGAUAUCUUAAAAAAGACAUAAAACCGCUCACAUGUUUUAACAUCUAUUCACAAUACCUGUGAUAAUAUGUGUGAUAUUGUGUAAAAGGCCCAAAGUGAUGGUUGGUGGCCUUUCACGGGGCCAUCCAGUCG